AUGAAGUGGCCACUUACACUUCUGGCCCUGGGUUUGGUACCGUAUGCUACAGAGGCCGCUCCAGUAGAGGAAGUGAAGCGACAAAUCACACCCACAGUCACCAUUGCAGCUCCAGCUGCUACCAUUGUCGGUGCCAGCUCUGGCACCGUUGAUGUCUUCAAUGGCAUCCCCUUUGCUAAGCCGCCAACUGGCCCCUUACGACUCAAACCCCCAGUAGCCCUAACGUCCGGACUGGGAAAAGUGACUGCCACAGGCAUAGCACAGUCUUGUCCUCAAAUGUUCUUCUCAGACUCUUUGAACAGUCUGACUGGCAUACUUGGAACGCUUAUUAAUUUGCCCCUACUUCAAGACAUCACUGACGCCGGGGAGGAUUGCCUAACCGUCAACGUCAUCCGACCCAAGGGUGCUGGCCCUACGUCCAAGUUACCAGUUCUGUUCUGGAUUUUUGGCGGUGGAUUCGAACUCGGUGGGACUUCUACCUAUGAUGGUACAUCGAUUGUUGAAAAUGCCAUUGCCAAGGGAACACCCAUUAUCUUUGUUGCCGUCAACUACCGCGUUGGUGGAUUUGGGUUCUUGGCUGGCAAGGAGAUUCUAGCAGACGGAUCUAGCAAUCUUGGUCUUCUCGACCAGAGACUCGGUCUUCAAUGGGUUGCUGAUAAUAUUGCACAAUUUGGUGGAGACCCCACCAAAGUUACCAUCUGGGGUGAAUCGGCAGGGUCCAUCUCAGUCUUGGAUCAAAUGCUUUUGUAUGAUGGAGAUAAUACAUACAAGGGCCAGCCCCUCUUCCGUGGUGCAAUCAUGGACUCGGGCAGCAUCGUCCCUACAAACCCAGUAGAUGGUGGUGCCGCGCAAAAGGUCUAUGACUCCGUCGUCUCAGCUGCAGGCUGCUCACGUGCAAGUGAUACCUUGAAUUGUCUUCGGGGACUCGACUAUACCACCUAUCUUAACGCAGCCAACUCUGUACCUGGUAUCCUCAGUUACAACUCAGUUGCUCUAUCCUAUCUACCACGACCGGAUGGGAAAAUCCUUACCGACAGCCCGGAAAUACUAGUUAAAAACGGAAAAUACGCACCGGUUCCUAUGAUCAUUGGAGACCAAGAGGAUGAAGGCACAUUAUUUGCCCUUUUCCAGUCCAACCUCACCACCACGCAGCAAGUCAUCGACUAUCUCCAAAACGUCUUUUUCUCGUACGACGGAAACAAGACCAUCGUUGAAGGACUCGUCAAAGCCUACCCAGAUGACGCCACCUUUGGCUCGCCCUUCAGAACCGGCACGCGGAAUAACUGGUACCCUCAAUACAAGCGCCUGGCCGCCAUCCUUGGUGAUGCGGUCUUUACACUCACACGUCGCGCAUUUCUGAACCUAGCCAACGCCGCCAAUCCAAGUAUACCAAGCUGGUCAUACCUUUCCUCUUAUGACUACGGUACCCCCAUUAUCGGCACCGGCCAUGGAACAGAUAUCCUGCAAGUCUUCUACGGCAUUGUGCCGGAUUAUGCCUCUGCAGCGAUCUGGUCAUACUACCUUUCAUUCAUAUAUAACCUUGAUCCCAAUGCAAAUACGACAUACCCGGCCUGGCCGCGGUGGAGUACAGGGAAUAAGUUGAUAAAUUUCAACGCUAAUAGUGCUGCGACAAUAACGGAUGACUUCCGUCAGACGCAGUACGAGUAUAUAUAUAAGUAUAUGUCAAAUAUCAGGGUAUAG